GUCAAAGAGCUAGUAUAUAAGGGAAAGAAAACCCUACAUUCCUCUUCUCCUACAUUGAGCGAAAGAGUAAGGGAGAGGGGGGGCUGCGAAUUUCUUCAGAUAUUCUCUUUCCUCAGAAAUGGUUACUUUCAGGUAUCACCAGUACCAGGUUGUUGGGAGGGCUCUCCCAACGGAGAGCGAUGAGCACCCCAAGAUCUACAGGAUGAAGCUGUGGGCCACCAAUGAGGUUCGGGCCAAGUCCAAGUUCUGGUACUUCUUGAGGAAGCUGAAGAAGGUUAAGAAGAGCAAUGGUCAAGUCCUUGCCAUCAAUGAGAUUUUUGAGAAGAAUCCUACCAAGAUUAAGAAUUAUGGUAUUUGGCUUCGCUAUCAAAGUCGUACUGGUUAUCAUAACAUGUACAAGGAAUACCGUGACACUACUUUGAAUGGAGCUGUUGAGCAGAUGUACAACGAGAUGGCUUCUCGGCAUAGGGUCAGGUUCCCUUGCAUCCAGAUUAUCAAGACUGCAACCAUCCCUGCUAAACUAUGCAAGAGGGAUAGCACCAAGCAGUUCCACAACUCCAAAAUCAAGUUCCCCUUGGUGUUCAAGAAGGUGAGGCCACCUACCAGGAAGCUGAAGACAACCUACAAGGCAUCAAGGCCCAACUUGUUUAUGUAAUUUCUCCCAUUUCAUAAAGGAGAGAGUUAAAAAUGGUUCUAAUUCUGAAAUUUUUGGUAGUGCACUUCUAUCAGUUUGUUUAUCGGAUAUUGCUUUUAUUUGAGAAGCCUAGGCUGUCAGACAGGUUGAACUUGGUUCUUUUGGGUUUCAGUCUCUCACUUUCAUUACUUAUAAAAGCUGGUAUGGUAUGUGAUUGUCGUUUCACUUUCAUUAUAAAGUAUAACAGUAAGUACAAUUUAAUGUUUGAGUUCA